CGUACACAGCUCACUUCAAGUCGUAAUUGGAAUGAUCAGUCACAUUGCUGGUCUAUGCGUAAGGCCCCUGUUGCCGUCCUGGUGGUAAUAUUUAUGUGAUAAUGUAACAUUACCGCGCCCGGCAGUCUCGCGGAUCUCAGCCUCUGACUGGUCUAAAUUGAACCAUGGUCUCUAGAAUCAUUUCGGAAGGUUCAUCGCAAAGCCUCGAAGCUUGAAAUUAUCUUUAAAUCUCACCCUGGCACUCUAGCAAAGAUGAUCCGAGCUCCUCGACAUGCAGCUGAACCAACAACACGAAAAUGGCAAGGCUUCGCCCACUUAAGGCUUUUGUAGGUAUCUGGGCUUUUGGGGUUUAAAUAGGUACGUUCUGAGUUCGGUCUCUCCUAUCUACCCUUAGCUUUAUGGUUCCUUAUUUUCAGGAACAUCUGCUGUUGAUAUGGAACCAACCCACCUCACGCGGGAGCAAAUCGGAUUAUCGAAUCUGAAUCAGCCAACGCCUUGCCUUCAGCUGAGUCCUGCACAGCUCUAUAAUAGCCUAUCCGUGGAAGAAAGUCGCACCAUUCGACUCCUUGACUUGGAUCCACUGCCGUUCCCAUCAGAUACAGACGAAACGCCGUUGUCAGGAACUCUCCGAGUAGCGUCUUUAACGGCGAACCCUCGCUUUGCUGCUCUCUCCUACGUCUGGGGUACUUAUUCAACACCUCAUCCAUGCAUAUUAGAGCUGCGGAAUAGCGGCGGCCAGAACAUCAAGUUAAAUAUAACUACUAAUUGCCAAGACGCGUUGCGUCCUCUACGGCGAAUGUAUGGUGGUUUAUGUAUCUGGAUCGAUGCGGUAUGCAUAAACCAGGACGAUGAGGCCGAGAAAUCAUCCCAGAUCAAACUGAUGGAAGAUAUCUAUUCAUGGGCCACCGAAGUCUACGCGUGGCUGGGCCCCGGUACUGACGCUUCAGACAGAGUGAUGGAUUGGUGUCGUCGGGUUGCGAAACACGAUUUUCUGAGCGUCGCUUCUGCGACUUGCCCUCCUACUAGGAGAAAUCGAUUCCUAUACAGUUCUAUCGCUCUAUACCACAUGAUGGUUUAUUUUUCACUUGCAGUGAAAGAAACUUGCCUAGCAUGGAUUAUGUUACCGAUAAAUCUUGGAAAGUGGUUUAGAGGGCCGUUCAUACAACUCGAACAGCCUAGACAUUUCGAACUUUUCAUGAAACUCUUCAUUACCGGAAACUGUUAUCUGCGAUUACAUGACGUCUUGCGAUUAGAUGAUUUACGAGAUAUAUCGGAUCGCGAAUGGUUACGAAGAGUUUGGACCUUUCAAGAGGCUAUCCUUCCUUCCAAGCUCAUCCUUAUUUGUGGACACAACUGCUUGGAUUGGACUCAAGUCGUCACUUCUUUCAGGAUGAGCGCUAUCCACCGCGAUGGAUACAGGCCUAAUACUUCUUACUUAACGCUUAAUCGAUCAGACUAUCCCAGUUCGGCGAAUGCCGCCCUUUUACCAAUACUCGGCUUGACAAAUGUUUGGAUGCAUACAGAAAGGCCUAUUAGGUGGGAAGAGCCGUUGAAACCUGAUGAAUCGCAGCAUGUCACUUAUGCUUCUUGGCUGCAAAGACCUGCUAGGGGAACACUCCUAUCCGUUCUUGCAGAUGUUAUCUGCCUGCUAGCUUGGUUUUGUCAACUGGCUUCAUGGGCUGUCUUUUUGAUGGUACUAUUCGUUAUGUAUCCAUUAAUACCGAGUAGUCCUUCUAGUGAAGAAGUGCUGGAAUUAAAAUUGAUUGCUAUGUACGACCUCUCGUUCCCUGAAUUUUAUAUCUAUCCAUAUACAUUAAACAACUCGGUAGCCUUUGGAGUCUUUAUCUCCUUUUUAGUCUCUUGCCUUUAUAUUCCAUGCUGGACUGUCAUAACUUCAAGAUUCAAAAUAGAUCAUGGAAGGUCUAGAGACACGUACCUUGCAGGCAUCGUCCAAACGAUUCGUACGCGAGAAGCCACCAAUGAUAAGGACCGUUCUUACGCGACAUACGGGAUCCUACAACGUUUAGGUAUCAAGGAUCUUUCCCAAUCAGAGUACUCAAAGCCGUUAGGCCAAGUAUAUCAAGAACUCAUCAAGGAUUUUUUGAAAUGGAAUCCCGCGACCAUCAGCUUAUUGUUAGAUGCUGGCGUUCACUCCAACAUUGGCGGCCCGUCAUGGGUACCGGACUGGAGCAUCGCCGCAAAAAGACAAUGGAUUCAUCCUGACUACAUCGUGAAUCUUGCCGCCCCGAUCGCCCCUUCAACGUCAAAUGCCUGGGUUGAGUUUCGAGGAAUUGACGGACUUGUCGUUAGAGGCAUCCCAAAUGGUACCAUCAAGUUUAGCUCGGGGCCGCUUCGUAGAAUCAACACUUCCGGGGUAAAUUCUCAUCACUCUGUCGAUAUCGGGGCCGCGACACUCACAUUUAUACGUUGGCUCAGAUAUCUCGUUAGAUAUGGGAUGUCCGACGCAGAUUUUGAAGACACUUCUCAGAAAGCUGCUCAGAUAAUAGAUGCUAAGAUCGAUUCUAAAGUCGGGACUCACUUGUCUCACCCAGAAAAAAUCCUUGCUUGGUUUACAGUGUUGAUUAAUAGCAAGGUGGCUCUUCAAGGACACAUCAAUACAGAACUUGAUAGUCACGACACUGAUGCUGGAGAGUUCUACGAUGAUAUCAUAAAACGAACUUACGACGGUCAACAUCUAGGUUAUGUCGCUAAGAAGUUGACUAUAGAAAUUUGCAAUCACCUUGCAGGGCGGAGGAACCUCUUCAUCACUACUCACGAUCUUCCUGGCUCAGGACCAGAGGAUAUGGUCUCCGGAGACACCGUCAUGUUAAUUCCCGGGAUCCCUACCCCGAUGAUUCUACGGCGAGUGAUGCGUGACGGCAACGAGAUGGGCGAUGAUCUUGCUUAUCGUAUCAUUGGACCUGCAUUCAUCUGUGGGACCAUGAUAGAGAAUUACGAAAAACAUGGGCAAAAUAUCACUCUAGUAUGA